GUUGAGUCAGGCAGAGCAUGGGGAGUCAGACACAGCAGAAAUGUUGGGAGAGAGGUGACGGAUCUCGGUGAGGGAAGCCUGAGCACCUAGAAGGCGCGGAGGAGGCAGUGGGUUUAGGGGUGGGGUUGGUAGGAGGGCACCGGAGCUCCCGCUGUUGCCCCGAGGCAGCUUCCAGCCCUUCCAGGGAUGCCUGGGCUGUGUGAGAAUCUCACGUACGUCCAGGGCGACGGCGGCCCAGUCACUAGCUCGCUGAUGUUUCUGGCUGGGGUGGUUGGUAACGGCCUGGCCCUGGGCAUCCUGGCGGCCCACCGGCGGGCACUCUGGGCUCGCUCCUCGGCCUUUGCCGUGCUGGUCACAGGACUGGCGGGCACCGACCUGCUGGGCACAUGCUUCCUGAGCCCGGCUGUCUUUGUGGCCUAUGCCCAGAACAGCUCCCUGCUGGGGCUGAGCCAGGGGCCGGGGCUGUGCCAUUGCUUUGCCUUCGCCAUGACCUUCUUCGGCCUGGCAUCCACCCUUAUCCUUUGUGCCAUGGCUGUGGAGAGAUGCCUGGCCCUGAGCCACCCCUACCGCUACGCGCAGCUCAAUGGGCGUCGCUAUGCCAAGCUGGCCCUACCUGCCAUCUACGCCUUCUGUGCCCUCUUCUGCUCGCUGCCCUUGUUGGGGCUGGGCCGGCACCAGCAGUACUGCCCCGGGAGCUGGUGCUUCAUCCGGAUGCGCUCCGAGGAGGGGGCCGUGCGAGCCUUUUCUCUGGCCUAUGCCACCCUGGUGGCACUGCUGGUGGGUGCCAUCAUCCUGUGCAACGGCUCGGUCACCCUGAGCCUGUGCAGAAUGUACCGGGAGCAACGGCGGCGGCGCGGCUCCCUGGCGCCCGGACGGGCCGGCCCGGGGCCCAGGGAGGGAGAAGAUGAGGUGGACCACCUGAUCCUGCUGGCUCUCAUGACGGGCGUCCUGACCGUCUGCUCCCUGCCUCUGACGGUGAGACCCCCGAGGCCGGGCGGGCGAGGGAGGGAGCGGCACCCCCUUUCCUCCAGCCUUCCUCGUCGUUCCUCCCGUCUCUUCUCGGGUUCUCGGGCUCUGCCCUGGACAGAUCUUGCCUGUCGG